UUGGUCCUGUUCAUUUCUUCUGCUGCCUCCCUUGGAUGUCUUAUCUGUCUGGUGCUCGAAAUCCCCAGUUACUGUAUGAUCUAGAGCUAGUCUUUGUCGCUGGGCCUCAAGUUUCCUGUUAGCUGAGAGGUUUAAAUUCAGAUUGUAUUGCUGGUCAGCUUUUGCAAGUGCUCAAUCAGAGUUGAGUUUACUAGUUCAUUCACAUGUUCGUUCAUUCUUUUGUCUCUUUAUUCAACCAUUGCCUUUAGAAUGUCUUACUGAACCACUCGCUAAGGGAACACCGUCCCCACCACUUCCCCAAUUUGGUUGUGAUUCAUGAGAGAGAUCAUUAAGGUCCUAAAUUGGUGAUACUGGAUGGGCGUGGUAUAGAAUCAGGGGCAAAAAGUAGAUUUUAGUGUUUGGAAAAGGUAGAGAUAGUUUCAGUAGAGCCUUGCUGCCGCUAAUUUUGUAAUGCCAGCCUGCAUUCUGGAUUUCUAUCUCCGCACUUGGCUUCCUUUCUCUUCCUUCUUCAGACAGCUUACAAACAGCUUUACUUACCCAUCACUUUACUUAAUUAUAUAAUGGUGGUGGUGGAGUAUAAUUGUCAUUCCCAUUUUACAGAUGAGGAAACUGAGACUCAGAGAGGUUAAGUGACUUGGCCAAGGUCAAACAGUAAGUGGUGGAGCCAGGAUUCAAACCCAGGAGCCAUGUCCACCUUGUUCCCCUCACUCUUUCCCCGUGUGACUGAGACACUGUGGUUUAAUCUGGAUCGACCCUGUGUGGAGGAGACAGAGCUGCAGCAGCAAGAACAGCAGCAUCAGGCCUGGCUCCAAAGCAUCGCAGAGAAAGACAACAACCUGGUACCUAUUGGCAAGCCGGCCUCAGAGCACUAUGAUGACGAGGAAGAGGAAGAUGAAGACGAUGAUGAGGAUAGUGAAGAGGACUCAGAGGAUGAUGAGGACAUGCAGGACAUGGAUGAGAUGAAUGACUACAAUGAGUCCCCUGAUGAUGGCGAGGUCAAUGAGGUGGACAUGGAAGGCAACGAACAGGAUCAGGACCAGUGGAUGAUCUAGGAAGAUAAGGCAGGGCAGCCUCAAGGAGCUUCCAGGCCUGCCCAGCCUACCCUGAACUUCCUGCAGAACCAGCUGAUUGCUCCAGUGCCUGAAAGCUCACCCUUGGGCACCAACUCGGCUGCUGCCAGGACCUGAUCUCCUUGGCUCCUUCCAGGUCAACACUCUACCCUUGAAUCUCCAGGGCCUGAGCCUACCGUGUCUUUUUGAAUGAUACCUUACCCUUGGUUGCCAGGUCUAAUCUCUUUCUAAUUCUCUUUAAUAAAGACACAGGACUGAUCUUUUUUUCCCCCCACAUCUAUUCCUUGUUUGUUGGUGAGACCAAGAGGUAUCCAGCAUCUUUUGAGCUUUGGGGAGAGGGCACUCCAGGGACUUCGGGCAAACCUAACUGGUCAUGUAG